CAGCUCCACAGAAUAGAUCAUCAGCUAUAACCAUAAAGUAAAAUAUUAUAGCAAAUAGACCACGAAAAUGUUGUGAAAUUCGAACUUAAAUAAUUAAAAUGUAUAUCGUAUGAUAUGGUUUAUGGUUACAGGUUAGUGUUACUACCUACUUUCAUAAUGAGCGUUCACCUUAUCUAUUAUCAAUACAAUAACGGUCAAAUGGCGCGAUUUAUUUUGUCUGCAGUUGUUAAGAAAAACUGAUACCGGUCCACACACAACCAUGGACAUUGAACAUUAUAUUAUACGACUUCGCUUUUUAAGAUGAUCAAUUUUUGAACGUUUGUUAUGAAUUAUGAUGAUAACGUUUAAAAGCAUAAUAUUAUUCUUAUGUUUCAUCUUUCACUUACCAAGUAGUUAUGAAAAAAUAUUUCUAGGUAUUUAGUAAAUGUGCGUUUUGGCGUGUUGUUAAUAAAUGAUUAGUAACCAAAAGUGUCUACACUAAAAAAUGAACAAGGACUCAUUACGAAUAAUGUCUACUCCCAAGAAUGUUAAGACGACCAAACCAGAAGUUAUGAACACAAUUUCUGAUAUUGAAAUAAUACGAAGCCUUUUAUACUGUUUCCAAGGAGUUGAUAGCCAUUGGAUAGAAUUCAAUCAAAACGAAAAACAAUUUGUAGUAACAGCACAAUUAGACUUUUACCAAACUAGCAAAGUAAAUCGGCUAAUGGAACUUGGAUAUCUACAUAACAUUGUUCAAGAGUAUAUUGAAAAUAACAGUGACAACAAGAAUGGCUCCGUAGCUUCAGGAAUAGCACAUUGUUUGCAUGAGGAACUAUGUAUUUAUUAUGACAGUAUUAACAAGUUGCAAAAAGAGGUUAAUGAAGCAUAUGAAAAAUCCAAAGAAUAUUCGCUUGGAAAUUUAUUGUGUUGGUCUGUACUUUGGUUAGGGCAAUUACAGGAUUUGGCAUAUACAGUAAAAAUGAUUGAUGGUGCUAAACGUGGUGGUGAGCUAGUAUCUGUUAUUGCUCCAUUCGCAUACUGUGCAAAUCCCUAUUUACAACAAAUGGCUACAAAUAUGAUUAAAGUGGCAACUAGACCAUUAAUGAUGAUUAUGUGUCAUUGGAUGGUUGACGGGGAACUUUUAGAUAAUUAUGAAGAAUUUUUUAUCUGUCAAUGCCCAGACAUUAAUAACCUUGAUAUGUGGAACAAUCGAUACACAAUUCGGGAUUCUAUGGUUCCGGCAUUUUUUACUAAGGAAGAUGUAAAUAGAAUUUUUCGUACCGGGAGGUAUAUCAAUUUUCUACAUACAAUAUGCAAGAGUAAACCUGAGUUAACACCAUCCAGGAAAACUCUAAAGGAUCUUCGAAAUUCUGGAGAUAAAGAUUUAUUUCCAAUGUUAGAACAAGGCAGCAUUAUUUCUGAUAUGAUUAACAAGGCUUGUACUGAAUCUUCUACUGUAGUACUGGAUAUUUUAAAGGAACAGUUUAACUUAUUUUUACACUUCGAGGGACUUAGGCGUUAUAUGCUCUUAGGACAAGGAGACUUUGUCACAAGCUUGCUAGAAAUUCUUCAGCCUCAUUUAGAUAAAUCUUCAGGUACACUUGGUCAUCAUACAUUUAGAAAUUUGUUGGACACUGCUGUAAGAAUGAGCAAUGCUCAGUACGAUAAACCUACAAUACUAAAAACACUUGAUGUAAAAUUAUUACCCACAUCUGGGGAAGAUUGUGGAUGGGAUAUAUUUCAAUUGGAUUAUUCGACUGGUGGUCCGUUGGAAACGAUUUUUGAGUUCAAUGGAAGUGGAAGGUAUUCAAUUAUGUUUGUGUUCUUGUGGCGUCUAAAAAGAAUAGAUUUUGUGCUGUCACAGAUGUGGAGGGAAUUAAAUCUACAGAUUAAAACUUCAUACCACGUAGUUCCAGAAAUACGGAAUGCCUUGAAGUGGACCAAUAACCUGGUGGCAGAAAUGGUACACAGCGUACGGCAAAUACAGUUUUAUGUGCUGUCAGACGUCAUAGAAACCGAAUGGGAACACUUUCGAGAGGCCAUUAACAAAGCGUCCUUGCUGGAAACAGUGAUCCAAGCACACAACCAGUUCCUGAAGAACAUCUUCAAGCGAUCCGUACAAACCGAAGAGACACACGAUUUAUCAAAAAAAAUGCGUCAGCUAUUCGAGUCUGUGUUAGAACUCCGGGGAAUUCAAGAAAGGUUUCAUAGCCAGUCUGAGCAUGAAUUAAAUAGGCGUAAAGACCUAGAAAAAUAUAUCGAAGAGCACGGUACGAACAAUAAAAUGGAAAAAGAUGACUUGGAAACGAAAGAGGCGUUCUUGUUGGAAGUUGACAGAUAUGAAAACAUCAUCAAGGAGAUCAGUAAUUCAUAUAAGCAUUUUUGAUCAAUAUAAGCGGCAACCACUGUAUGUUAUUUAUGAUGUAACAAUUUAUGAACACAAAAAAAAAAUAAAAAAUUUCCAACUUCUGCGCCCAUGACCACAUUGGUACAUUCGAAGAACCUGACAAUUGUUUUAAAGAAGUAUUUCACUGCUUGGACGAAAAUAAUGCAAUUUAGACGUGCGAUAAAUAGUAUUUUGAUUUUUACUUUUGGUUACAAAUUGUUAUGUAAUAGAUAAUAUAAUACCUUACAAUUUUCAAGUAAAAAUUAUGACCUUGGGAUGCUAGGGUAAUGUACCUUUAAAG